CCACUGCCAAGCGAGCCCCUCGGCCCAUUUUCAACCGCUUCCCGAUAAGCCAGCCCUGUUUGUCUCAGCGCUUGUUCAACGUUUGCAAGAGCUAACAGAGACAAAGAAGACGCAACGCGAGGCGCGUCGUCUGUCUGUCAAAGGGAACGGGCGUCCAGAUUCUGCAGAUAUUCAGCCUAGACACCCUUGGUUGCGGUUGUCUUCUCCAAACAACCCCACGGAGCAACCAUCCCACGCGCCAAGACAUUCCAGCGAUCUGGGGAAGCCUGAAGCCACAGCCCCUUGCUCCCUGCUCCCCGCUCCCCGCUGUUGUCGCCGGUCGCUAAGUCUUAGCGGCGUCCCCAAGCCCAUCACCCCAGCCGGGCAAUAAAUAGCAGCGGUCAGCGGUACCCUUGACGGCACGUGGGAGCCCCCAACUGCUGUUCGCUGUUCGCUGUUCGGUCUGUCCGCUAGACAUUUUGUUGUGGAUGCUGUAAUCACGGAAGCCGGCCUGGAACUUCCCUCUUCCAACCCCCAACCACUGUUCAAUUCAGAUCCUGUCCUCUCCCGCCGUCCGCCCUCGAGCAUUGCAUUGCCUCGCCUACGACCACGCCCGCGUCUCUGCCUACGCGACAAUUGCCAGUCAUGGCCGCUAUCGACCCCACAAAGGUGGGAAAAUACCCAGUAAUCCUCAGUCCUGAGCUGCUGGGGAAGCCAUCCAAGGAAACAUACACAGGCAUUCGGUAUAACCACCGACCAACGCUCUCGUCAGACACAGCUCCGAACACAGCCCAUCUCAAGAAGUCCGCCAAAGACGGUUCCUACAACAUUGGCUUCGACGACAAGGGCGACAGAUAUCAAUACAAUGGCGUACGAACUGCCGAAGACAACAACUAUACCCUCAUAUUCGAUCCCACGCGCCAGGCCUUCAUACUGCACCGCGUCGAUUCCAUGUUCCACAUGAAUCUGACAAGGACGCCAAUGGAGAAUGUGGAAACAUUACGAGACAAGUUCCCCCAACUGGAGAUCAAGAAUGGCGGUUCAUCUGCUGCCUCUGGUUCCAAGCCGCCGCCAACACAAGCGAAGGGCAAGGCGGCAGCCUCGAAAGCGGCGGCAUCCAAACUCAAAGAAGACCCUCCAGCCAAGGCCAAGCCGGCAGCCAGAGGCGCCGCGGCCAAAAACACACCAGCAGCAAAGAAUACGCCAGAGGCCAAGGGUAAAGGAAAGGGCAAAGUGGAAAAGAAGGGGGCGGAAGCUCUCUUUCUACCGGAUCCCAACGCCGCCUCGCCCGCCGCACCAUCUCUUCCCAUGCCAUCUGUUCCUGAGGAGAAGCGUGAAGUACCACCACCAAAGAAGAAAGUCGAUGAUGACGAGGAUGAUGAGGACGACGACGACGAUGAUUUUGGUCUCACAAUCGAAUAUCCCGACGCCAAGCCCCCACCGCCUACGACUUUCCAGCCUGCUGCGUCUCUCAAUAGACGCUUUUCAGAGUUUGACAAGGGCGCCUACGAAGAAGAGGAAGAGCAUAAUCACGAGGAAGACUUCCGGCAUUUUCAGCAACUUCGCGAGGAGUCAGAGGAGGACGAGGAGUAUGAUUUUGAGGAGGUGGCGCCGGCUCCGAGUGCUCCGGUUUCGAGCUACGAUUCUCAGCCUAGAGUGCCGGUGGAGGAGCCUGAAAAGUACACUUUUGAUGCGGGCUCGUCAGAUGAAGAUGAGGAAGCCGAGGUGGAUCCGAUGCAGGGUGAUUUGGAGGCGGAGCUUGAGGCAGCCUUUGGGGAGAUGGAUGAGAACGACAGAGGUAACGAGAGUGAGGUAAGCGAGGAGGAGUGAGCCAAAUUCUGAACAGGGGUAGAUUUGAUUAAGAUAUGAUGUAUUUGCUUUCUUCUGGUCUUUGGUGUCUUGGUUUGGGAUAUUGAACUUUGGGAACUUUGUGUUGGCGGUGUCUCGGGUUUCUUGGGUAGCCAGUUUGGGAAGCGGCAGGAGUUUUGGCGAGUGUUCACAUUCAGAGGACAGGCAUGCUUCAUCUGUUGAACAUCAGUCCAGGGGUCGGUUUGGAGAAAAGAGGUAAUACUGCUGAUACUUUGGGCGUAGGAAAAGUUGAUGGGUGGCAGUUGGGCCAAGAUUGAACAUGUCACCGUGGCGAACUGAGAUUUGUAGUACAAUACAAGAGGAAUAGAGUGCAUACUGUGUUUACGGAC